CUGUCCUGCAGAGGCCACGCCGGGCAUGGACACCUUUCCCCGCGCCUGCAGGAGCACAGGUAGGAGUGUGACCGCCCCGUCGCCCAGUCGCUGAGGCCCUCGCGGGAGAGCGACAGAGCGAGCCAUGCCUUUCGGCCUGAAGCUCCGCCGCACGCGGCGCUACAACGUGCUGAGCAAGAACUGCUUCGUCACCCGCAUCCGCCUGCUGGACAGCAGUGUCAUCGAGUGCACGCUGUCGGUGGAGAGCACCGGCCGGGAGUGCCUGGAGGCCGUGGCGCAGAGGCUGGAGCUGCGCGAGACACACUACUUUGGCCUUUGGUUCCUGAGCAAGAGCCAGCAAGCUCGAUGGGUGGAGCUAGAGAAGCCACUGAAGAAACAUCUGGACAAAUUCGCUAAUGAGCCUCUGCUGUUCUUCGGAGUCAUGUUCUACGUGCCAAAUGUGUCAUGGCUUCAGCAAGAGGCCACAAGAUAUCAGUAUUACCUGCAAGUCAAAAAAGACGUGCUUGAAGGGCGGUUGCGGUGUACCUUGGAACAGGUGAUCCGGCUGGCCGGUUUAGCGGUGCAAGCUGACUUUGGAGACUAUAACCAAUUUGAUUCUCAAGAUUUCCUCCGAGAGUAUGUGCUCUUUCCUAUGGAUUUGGCUCUGGAAGAGGCUGCUCUGGAGGAGCUGACGCAGAAGGUCGCCCAGGAGCACAAAGCCCACAGUGGAAUCCUUCCCGCAGAGGCUGAGCUGAUGUACAUCAAUGAAGUGGAGCCGCUGGAUGGAUUCGGGCAGGAGAUCUUCCCUGUGAAGGACAAUCACGGAAACAGCAUGCACCUUGGUAUCUUCUUCAUGGGGAUUUUCGUGAGGAACAGAAUCGGGAGACAAGCAGUGAUAUAUCGGUGGAACGAUAUCGGGACCAUCACCCACAACAAGUCCACUAUUCUGGUGGAGCUGGUCAGCAAGGAGGAGACGGCCCUCUUCCACAUGGAUGACAUUGAAAAUGCAAAGUACGUUUCCCGGUUAUUUACCACACGGCACAAGUUUUAUAAGCAAAACAAAAUCUGCACUGAGCAGUCUAAUUCUCCACCCCCCAUCAGACGCCAGCCCACCUGGAGCCGGUCCUCCCUGCCCCGGCAACAGCCGUACAUCCUGCCUCCCAUACACGUCCAAUGCGGCGAGCACUACUCGGAAACACACACGUCACAAGAUAGCAUUUUCCAUGGGAACGAAGAGGCCUUGUAUUGCAAUUCUCACAACAGCCUGGAUUUAAACUACUUGAAUGGCACUGUCACCAACGGGAGCGUGUGUAGCGUCCACAGCAUCACCUCCCUCAGCUGCCCCCAGAGUUUCAUCCAGACCUCCCCUGUGUCCUCCAACCUCAGCAUCCCCGGGAGCGACAUCAUGCGGGCCGACUACAUCCCCAGCCACCGGCACAGCGCCAUCAUCGUGCCGUCCUACCGGCCAACCCCCGAUUACGAGACGGUCAUGCGGCAGAUGAAGAGGGGCGUGGUGCACGGGGACAGCCACAGCCAGUCCCUGCGGAACCUCAGCAUCCUCAACGCGCACGCCUACAGCCAGCCCGAGGAGCUGGUGUACAGCCAGCCGGAGAUGCGCGACAGGCACCCCUACACUGCACCCUAUACCCCGCAGGGGGGCUACGGCCACGCCCUGGUCAGUCCAGCCGACCACAUGAACCCCAAGAGUGGCGCAGUGCCCAGCAAGCCCCGGGCCAGCGCCAUCUCGCACACGGUGAGCACCCCGGAGCUGGCCAACAUGCAGCUGCAGGGGCCCCAGGGCUACCACGCGGCCCACAUGCUCAGGAACUAUCUCUUCCGGCCGCCACCACCCUACCCCCGUCCCCGUCCCGCCACGAGCACCCCGGACCUGGCCAGCCACCGCCACAGGUAUGUCAGCGGCAGCAGCCCCGACCUGGUGACCCGCAAGGUGCAGCUGUCUGUGAAGACAUUCCAGGAGGACAGCUCCCCUGUGGUGCACCAGUCCCUGCAGGAGGUGAGCGAGCCCCUGCCGGCCACCAGGCACCACGGUCCGGCCACCAAGCGCCACAGCCUGGAGGUGAUGAGCAGCAUGGUGCGCGGCAUGGAAGCCAUGACGCUGAAGUCGCUGCACGGCCCCAUGGCUCGGCGCAACACGCUCCGAGAGCAGGGCCCGCCCGGGGAGGCGGCCCAGCUGCCACAGUUCCACCACCAGAAAACCUUCUCUGAUGCCACCAUGCUGAUCCACAGCAGCGAGGAUGAGGACGAGGAUGAGGAGGCGCCCGUGGCCGCCCCGCCACACAUGCCUGCGCUGCAGGAGAAGGUGGAGUACAGCGCCCAGCUGCAGGCCGCCCUGGCCCGGAUCCCCAACAAGCCCCCGCCCGAGUACCCGGGGCCCAGGAAGAGUGUGAGCAACGGGGCGCUGAGGCAGGACCAGGGCACCCUCGCCCCCGCCGCGGCCAGGGCCCGGAUGCUGAGGCACGGCCCCGCCAAGGCGCUCAGCGUCUCCAGGGCCGACCAGCUGGCUGUCAAUGGCUCCGCCCUGGGCCCGUCCAUCUCUGAGCCCGACCUCACCAGCGUGAAGGAGCGGGUGAAGAAGGAGCCGGUGAAGGAGAGGCCCGUGUCCGAGAUGUUCUCCCUGGAGGACAGCAUUGUGGAGCGGGAGAUGAUGCUGAGGAAUCUAGAGAAGCAGAAGAUGGCAGGCCUGGAGGCGCAGAAGAGACCGCUGAUGUUGGCAGCGCUGAACGGCCUCUCGGUGGCCCGGGUCACGGGGCGGGAAGAGUGUCGCCACGAUGCCACCCGAAUCCCCAUGGAUGAGAGGUUCAGAACCCUGAAGAAGAAGCUAGAAGAGGGCAUGGUGUUCACAGAGUACGAACAGAUUCCAAAGAAAAAGGCCAAUGGCAUUUACAGCACCGCGGCUCUGCCGGAAAACGCGGAGCGCAGCCGCAUCCGGGAGGUGGUCCCUUACGAGGAGAACCGUGUGGAGCUGAUGCCGACCAAAGAGAACAACACCGGCUACAUCAAUGCCUCCCAUAUCAGGGUGGUGGUCGGUGGGGCCGAGUGGCACUACAUCGCGACUCAGGGGCCCCUGCCGCACACGUGCCAUGACUUCUGGCAGAUGGUGUGGGAGCAGGGGGUGAACGUGAUUGCCAUGGUGACUGCAGAAGAGGAAGGCGGACGAAACAAAAGCCACCGAUACUGGCCCAAACUGGGUUCCAAGCACAGUUCAGCCACCUAUGGCAAGUUCAAGGUCACCACGAAGUUCCGGACAGAUUCUGGUUGCUAUGCAACCACAGGCUUGAAGGUCAAGCACCUUUUGUCCGGACAGGAAAGGACAGUGUGGCAUUUGCAAUAUACAGACUGGCCGGACCACGGCUGCCCGGAGGAUGUCCAAGGGUUUUUGUCCUACCUGGAGGAGAUCCAGUCAGUGCGUCGUCACACCAACAGCAUGCUGGAAGGUGCCAAGAACCGGGCCCCUCCCAUCGUGGUCCACUGCAGCGCGGGCGUGGGCAGGACCGGCGUGGUCAUCCUGUCGGAGCUGAUGAUCUACUGCCUGGAGCACAACGAGAAGGUGGAGGUCCCGGUGAUGCUGCAGCUGCUCAGGGAGCAAAGGAUGUUCAUGAUCCAGACCAUCGCUCAGUACAAGUUUGUCUACCAAGUCCUCAUCCAGUUCCUCCAGAACUCCAGACUCAUUUAACCCCCGUCCAGCACCUGGAGAGGGGCCUAGGUCCCCUCUGCACAACAUCGCUCCCAUCACAGGGACCCGGAGCCUCAGCAGGAAGGCCACCGGCUCCCUGAAGGCAGGAGCCCAGGUCACCCGGCAACAUUGUGUAUUAUUUUAUAUGAGAUAAUUUAUUUUUUUCCUCUUUGGAAUAACUUUUAUGAAUUAUUAUAAUGCAGUUUUCACAGUAAUACAGUACAUUGUAUUUGAACCACAGUUUGACUGAUCUGCAUUGUAAGAUGUCAGGAGGGAAGGUUGCCCAGUGGGUCACACUGGGGACAGAGGCACAAGGCACACAUCUCUAGUGAGGGGAGUGGCAGCCUGAUUUGUAACCCAGCUUAAAAUUCAUUGGCUUAGCCCUUCAUUCCAAAAAUCAGAGAUGGCAAGAAAAUUAAUUCAUCAUGAAAUGGAAAGCAAAGGGCCACAACCCUUUCCCAAAGGAAGAAGCACUGCUCCCUUCUAUUUGGGGGCUCAGGAGGCGUGCUUGGACAGUGUCCUCUCUAUUUCUGCCCUCAUCCUUAGUAACCUCUUUCGCACCACCCAUACCCUGCUGCCCCAAGCUUGAGUUAAACAUAGGAGCGGGCGGGAGGUCCUUUGCCGCCUUUCAGCCCGAAGGAGUUGCCUGGCUCCGUGUCUGUCUGGGCUCUGCAGCCUGUCUCCGUCCGGGGCCUGUGCCCGGGAGCCUGCCGCUUCUCCCAUUAGCACGCAGAUCCGGAUCUGGUGGUGUAGGUGCCCCGGGCUGGGCUGUCCUGCAACCCGACGCCUCCCCUGGUUAAAAGCGGAGAAAGGAGCAGCACAGGAGGAGGAAGCGUUGGGUAGGCCUUUGGUGUUGUGCCUCAGUUAAAAGCGAUAUGUGGACGAUGGUGCACGCAGGUCAGGGGCUGGGUGUGUUCCUUCUUCCCAUCAGUCACUGUCGGAGGAAACGUCAUGAAGGAAACAGCUGGGAAAACUGAUUUCCAGCAGCCGCUUGGUACUUAGCUGCCAGGGUCCCGGCCAGCAUUGCACAUGCGGCCCCAUGGUGGGAGUGGAAUUGACCUCCCGGUCCGCCUCUUGCUGGUCCUAGGAAAGCGGGGUGGGCGCAUCGCCCACCAGUCUACCCCACCUUCCUUUCUUACCACCCGUGCUCUGCUCAGCAGUGGCUGUGAGACCCUCGGUUUGAAACUAAGCUCACAUUGCUUCCUUGUGACAUCACUGGUCAGCAGCCUUCCGAGUUUCUUAGGUUCGUACAAAGAAGUCGUGUCUCGCACUUGUCCCCCACUGCUGUCCGGCUUUGUGUUUUGUUUUGUUUCCCUGAGCCGCGAAGACAGAGCAAGUGUGUCACUGUAUCAGGUGGAAGGAGCAUGGCUCUGUGACCGCGGGCCACACACAGGAACGGGUGCCAUUGGCGAUGACGCAGGCCAGCUGCACUUCUGGCUGGUCCUGGUGGUGCUGCAGGUGUAGCUCAGGGUUUCUAUCUGGAAGCGUGGACCUUGCCCUCUUGUCUCCUCUGAGAAGAGUCAGCUCAGGGGCAUAACUUCGUCUGAGCUUUGUCGAUUCAAGACUUUUGGUGGAUGCCCUGAAAAGAAAACCAUGGGUAGCACACAGAUUUCCAGUGCCACAGAGAUGCCAAUCCCUGGGCUGAAAGGGUUUUGUUUUCAGUUCCUUAGAGACCUUUUUGCCCUUGGAUAGUCUGACGCUUGGUCUCAGUUGCCAGUUGUUUGCGUGAGGGAGAACUUCAGUAUUUGUCACCUCUGAGCUCCAGCGUGGGCCCUGGAGAAAUGGCUUAUGUGGACAGCAUGCAAGCAUGACUUGUCUUGGAGCUCAGCGUUCAGGGCUUCCUUCAGACCCAUUACCGCUCCCAGUUUGUGCUUUCAGAAAGUUCAUUAAAGCACAGGCUGCAGGGAGGAAGUGGGUGUGAUAUCCAACUUGCUAGCCAAAGUUUAUAUAGAAACCCAAAGGAAAACAUUCAAGUUAUUUCGUACAUUUCAUUUUAAAGAAAAAAAAAAAAUGCUUCCGAUUCUUCUGCACAUUUUGCUUUCCUUUUUGCAUCUCCAGCAAAUGCCAACCUGUCUCCUGUUAAAUUAGCAGCAGCCAGUUAGGUCCUUUUAGUGGCAUCUGCAUAAUAAUUAUCUAGAGAUGCUUUAUAUCUGGGAAGCAGGCCAAGGAAUAAACCUUGAAGCAAAGUGUAUUAAAUUAGUUAUCUAGUUAGAGCUUUUGGAAUGAUUUCCUGAUGAUGUAUCAAGGCUAAAGCUGGGGCUGUCAGGGUCUGUUGCUGCUGGUAGGAUUUGAGGAGAGAAAAUUAAAAGUGGGGGAAAGAAAAGAUACCAUCUCAGAGACAGACUGUCGCAGUGUUUUCCAGCCUCUGGUUUUGAAGUUGCCCAGCCACGAUGUUUUGCCCUUGCAUUUGCACUCAGCGGGCUGUGCUGACCAGAGUGUUUGUCCUGGUUCCCUGUGGUCCCUCGUGUCCUCAUCCCUGACACAGGGAGAGAUGGGCCACAGUCGGCUGUGCAGGGCUCCCCCGAGAUGCCGCCUUUCGGUAAGAGACCCCAGCAGCAUCUGCAGGUGACUGCCACAUCUGCACCCAGCCCAGCCCCACAUGGGCAGUAGGAGGACCUAGCUGCCUUAGAGAAGGAUGACAGAUGCUGAUUUUCUCCCUCGGGAGUAAAGGCAGAUGUGGGUCUCUGUUUAUGUGCAAGGGAGGCUGCCGGGAGGGUGCGAGCACCUCACGUCUCAGCAUGGAUUAUUAUUUUGACUAAUCAGCUUCCAGGGAGCUUAGAGAGAAUUUUACUUACACAAAUUUUGUCAUUCUGGAUUGGAAAGAGCAACUGCUUUUGAUCGUGAUGCAGCUGUCCUGCUUUGCCAGGGUAUACUUGACCCUCUCUCUGGCCGCCUCCUGCAUCUGCCUGCCUGCAGGAUCUUGUAGACGCACAUCUUAUGGGAUGUCCGGUGGUUAUCCUUUGCUGGUGCAUUGUCUGUGUUGAACUGGAUUGGCCGACCGUCAUCCAGUUGUUACAAAGCAUGACAUAGGGAGCCCAGAAGUGCCCUCAGUCAGAAAAGCAGAACGCACCUUCUAACUUCUCAUUUUCAAUGGUGCGGUUGAUGGGCAGCAGGUGUUAUUGAUGAUCUUCUUUUGGAGAAGACACGUCAGUCAUGUGGGGUGGGAGAGGACUUUGUAGGAGGUGUGGCAUGAUCGGCUCAGGCCGCUGCUGGUGUUACUGUUCGUCAUUCAUCUCGUGUCAGGAGUGACCCUGCGGGGCACCUUAGAGCGAGGAUUCCCAGAGGUGCCAAGUGGUCACCGAGGGGCUCUCACGAUGGCCCUUUCAUGGUAGGGAUUCCAGCUUUCCCACUUAACCAGAGGUUCAGUAGCUGUGUCCUGUCGUAUUGCCAGUGGUUUUGAUGAGGCAUCCACCGUGCUCUCGUUUAGUGAUUUCCUUCAUGAGCAGAGUAUGAGCGCCUGUAGCUGCAGAUGGAGAGGUAGGAGUCUUCCUUGGGACUGCAGAUUUCCCGGUGGCCGUGCCCUGAUCAGGGGCAGCUAGGUGGCUCCUUUGGGCAGAGCAGAGCUGUAGGACGGGAACGUGCAUUUGACACGUCCUGAAGAGCAGAAUGGUUCUGGGCUCUCCCUUAGCUCUGAGUCAUUUGGGGGCAAACACCUUGCUGAUGCCCGUGUGGAAAAGGCCAGCACUGUGCCUUCCACGACAGAUGUGUGAAGGUCUUUGACCCAGUUCUGCCAACCCGAAUCAUCCAGAGGUCACUGUGAUGCAGACGACCCGUGGAACUCGGCCAUCAGCUUAGCCCGUCAGGACUCAGCCUGUGCCCGCCUGUUCCCGUCCUUUGCAUGUCCAUUAUAAACUCAGCAUUUUAAGCCAUGGCCACCUUUUUUAUCUUCUCCAGUUGAAAGUAGCUGCAUCUUCUUUCUUAAGAUCCAACUAAAAAGUCCCCCACACACACACCCAUGAGGCUGGCGCCGCUUGGUCGCAUCCGCUGGGUCUCCGGCGUCACUUGGUACAGAGAAGGGGCGGGUGUGCGUCUGUCCCUGCUGUUCCCGCUCUCCUUCUUCUCAUUUUACAGAGACCGGGGACAUGGAGUUGGGAGGCAGGAGGCCGAGGGCCGGGGCAGCCUGCGUGUGACAAGUGUCUGCAGAAAAAGUCACGGUCCUUCUGCUUUGUUCUGGCCACUGGCAUCCUUCUUCCUAAAAAUGACCCUAAGUUUGCCCAACGAGGAGCCCGCCAUGGGGAGAGAGAGGGAAGGUUUUAGUCCGUCCUGAAUUUCCAACAGUUCUUGGAUUCACACUUUCUAUGAUGUCAGUGUUUGGAAGCGGCCCCUGGGGAAAGUGUUGGUGUCACUGCCAGGUUCACAGGGUCCUCAUGGCCCAGGGAGAGCAUGAGGAGGUCCUAAGCUGUGCCUCUGGCCCACCGCGUGUGCUGCUCCCCCCGGCCACCUUGCCUGUCCCGUCACUUGCUGGGCAGAGUUGGCACACACAGUUCCUGGGCACCCCUGUGGCUCUCCAUGGGAUCCAGGGAGAUGCAGAAUGCUUUCCACUUUGCAGAAAGCCAUGGGUCCUUCCAGGGCACAAAACCCAGGAGGCCUGAGCACAGUGGCCGUGGUGCUGCCCCUCCUGUGCAGGGCUGGGCGGCACUGCGGGGUAGAGUCGCCGUCUUCAUCCCCAGGCCCCGAGGGCCCCGGCAGUCUCCUGCUUUUCUGUUUGCUGUGUGGCCCAGCUGUCCACAGUGCCAGUCCUGCAACCCCUAUGAAAGCAUUAACCCUGGUCAUAGCGAAUCCUUGCCUCACACCGCUCCACAGUGUGCAGUCAGGCAAUAAAAUUAUAUUCUUUUUUUCCUAAAAGUUUAUAUAGUUUCAAGGGGUAAGAUCUAGUAAGUGAAAAUACCGGGAAUGAAGGUAGCUAAAAAACCUUCAGCAAGCCUGGUGUGGUGACACACGCCUGUCAUCCCAGCACUCUGGCAGGCUGAGGCAGGAGGAUGGCAAGUUCAAGCCCCACCUGGGCGACUUAGUGACUUACGUGACCCUGUCCAAAAAGAUGGGAUGUAGCUCAGUGCAUAGACCCCUGGUUCAAUCCCAGCACCGCCAAAAUAAAAAAAGAACUGUCCGCAACCAGGCAGUUACUCUUAGCCAUCUUUUUGUCCCCUGAUGGAGACCAUCCCUCAGUACUAGAGGAAAUGAAGGAAAAGGUGGGAAUCCAUCGUGCUUAGCACAAGGGCAGACAUGCUGUCAGGUGAGCAUCCGUGGACUCAUGGUGGCUACGGUAUAGGUGCAAGCAGCCUGCCUAGUUUCUUCUCGCCUCUUCCUACAUUGUGGCCACCGAGACUGGCCACCGAGUGAGACAGGGCACCCAGGCAGGCAGGAGGAGCUGCCCAUCCAUCCGCCUUCCUUCCCACCCCCAGCCUUCAGGGAAACACGGAUGCCGCCUCCUCUGAGAAGUUCUGCUUGGCAUCUUUCUGUGCUUUGGAGGGGGAGCUUGGCUGAAAUCUCAGGAAUGCGGCUGUGAGUUUAGCCAGGUGACACUCGGGGCGGUGCCUGGUGCCCUCCCCUCCCCAGCUGCAGCGAUAGCCCGUGCAUCCAUACCCGCAGCAUCACCCGAGAGGAGUUGUCUAGAGCCGGCGCUCUUCUUUCUCAGCUUGCCCGUUGUAAAAUUCCACCGCAGCCUCCUUUGAACUUCCUUGCCGCUGUUCGGCAUCCCGAGGGUCGCUGUUCAUCAGGGAUCACUUCCUGUGUACGUCCUGUGUGCCUUCAGUAGCCAGCAAGCCCGCUUGUGGGUACCGUGGGUGGAACAAGAGGUUUGCACGUGCAGAUGACUAUUAUAUAAGCAUCCCCUUCUGUAACUGGUGUGAUACCCAGAGGUCGGUCUCGUUUGUUUCACUGGACUGUUGUAUUAUAUUCAUUCAGUAUUUCGAUGCUUUUCUUGGUCUGCGUUUUGUAAAACAUUGCAAAUUUCGGUAUCCUUCAAAAGAAUUCACACAUACCGGUUUUAGCUUGAAAUGAUAUCCAAGACCCCAACCCAGGAGCCAGCUGGUUCUGCAGGCUCACGGGCCGGCUCCCAGAAGCCGACUGGCUCCCCACACAGCCUGCAUGUGGGGAGAUCUCGACGGAUUUGGUGGCUGACCCGCAAGAGUACCCAACACCCGUUACGUCGUCACUGUUAAAAAUGCAUUCCGGGUUUGGGGCUUGGGGUCCCCAGGACACUCUCUCCCCUCACCCCAUGGUGACCACUUGCUGCUUUGCAAGGUGGAAGCCCAGUCUCUGUACUACCAAAGGACAGCCGUCAGGAGAUGGAAGGUCCGAGACGAGAUAGCACAUUCCCUGACCUGGGGGGUGAUUUUCUCUGGAGCCAUGUCAACUGUACUUGGGUAUAGACCUCCUUCCGGUUUUUUCUCCUCUCUCCCAAUUUGAUAAUAAGAAAAGCCUUAAGUAAAACUAUGCAUGCUUUUCCUAUGUGCUAUUUUGUAUCAGUAAAUAAGCUUAUGCUUGCCAGUUUCAUACACAAGGGUGAGGUGUAUAAAACUGACUUUGACAGUAUUUUUUGCACUGUUUCCUGUCUGUUUUUAUAAAGUCUUAUUUCAGUACCAGUCUUAGUGGAAACCCUUCCUGUCCUCUUCGUUACUGUAAAAUGUUUCAUAUGUGCCUUUAAAAAUGUGAGAUCUUUAUUCUAACCUUUUUUUGUAAGAGAUAUAUAUUGAUUUCCAUACACAAUAAACCUUUUGUUUUUCAGAGAAAA